GUUGAGCGGAGAGAAAAGAAUAAAGGAACGAACUUUAUUUUAUUUUCAACAUUUCUAGACUUUUUGCGUUGUAAUCUCUUAUCAAAUUAGUUAUAAUUAAGCUUAAUAUCGUCAAAUAAUGAGUGAAGAUUUUGAUCUUCUGUUUAAAAUAGUCUUAAUUGGUGAUGUAAGCGUUGGAAAAAGCUGCAUUGUAACAAGAUUUAAAACAGGAAAUGUCUUUACCGAACGACACACAAACACGAUUGGUGUGGAUUUCUCAAUGAAGAACAUCAAAAUUGGAAAUAAGAGAAUUAAGCUACAGAUUUGGGACACUGCGGGACAUGAGCGGUUUCGAUCGAUAACAUCGAGUUAUUACAGGAGUGCUCAUGGAGUGAUAAUAGUCUACGAUAUCACAAAACGAAACACAUUCUUAUCACUUCAGAAAUGGCUAAAUGAAAUACGAAAUUAUACAGCCAGUAAUGUCGUAUGUGCUCUGAUUGGCAACAAAUGUGAUCUCGUUGAGGGAAGGGAAGUGACGAUUGAAGAGGCUGAAGAUGUCUGCAAUAUUGUACCAGAAGUUUUAUUUUAUUUGGAAACGUCUGCCAAAGAGAACACAAAUAUUGAAGGCGCAUUUACGCGUAUUGCUGAGGAACUGAUGAACCGCCAAAGUUGCAUAGAUGACGAGAAUCAAGAUGGAAUAAAAUUAGGUCAAAGUAAAUCGAUUUCGAAUGGAAAUUGCAGCUGUUAGAAUCAACAGCAAGCACCACCCUUAUUAUCACUUUUUAUGUCUUGAUAUCAAACAGACAAUGAAGUUGAUUGAAGGCUCUCUUUAAUAGAAUUGUUUUUGCGUGGACAGGAAAGAAAAAUUAAGAUCUGACGACCAUAUUAUGCGAGUUUCGAGUCUUUAAUUUUGAGAAUAUGCUGAAAAUAGCUUCGAAAAUGUAUUAAAUAAAUAUAUCUUUGGAAUUUCUUG